UUCUGAUCAUAGUGUAACUUAUAGCUCCGUAUUGGGAUAUUGUAGUUUGUUUAUUUUGAAGAACUUCAUGUGCCAAAAGAAGGGACACUGUGAUUGAAUCAGUAUUAUUAACUGAAAUCUGUGUUUAUUCAAAGAAAUUCAUAUAUUGAUAGAAAAAAGUAUAUGUGACUACAGUAACAAAUGAUGAUAGUGUCAUUUAGUGUAUGAGACUUCAACGCAGCAAGGUGUUACAGUGCACCAAGUAUUGUGUGAUACAGUGUUGAAUUGACGGUGCACCUGCUCUGUGUCACCGUUCAUGCGCAAGUCGGUAGGUAUCUCUAGAGUGCCGCUCGUAUCGCCGCGGUACCUGGUGAUGUGCUUCACCGGGCGGCUUUAGAAACCGCAAGAUUACCGCCGGGAGGAGAUCCAGCAGCGGUGGCAGCGGGGGCACAGGCAGGCUCCGGGCUGCCACUGCUGCUGUUGUGGCAGACGCCGACGCCGGCAUGGAUCGUCGCUCGAGAUCGCCCAUGAAAAAGCCGGAAAUUAAACGGCGUCCGCUGAGCAUCACGCGCCGCCGCCGCACCUCGGUGGACGAGGGCCGCCAGGUCACACACGCUCGCAAAGAGUUCGUUGCGCACGGAGCCAAUGUGAACUGCCUGGCGUUGGGUCACAAGUCCGGCCGGGUUCUGGUCACCGGCGGAGACGACAAGAAGGUCAACCUAUGGGCCGUGGGCAAACCCAACUGUAUCCUGAGUCUAUCAGGCCACACAACACCAGUUGAAUGUGUGCGUUUUGGUGGAUCCGAGGAACUGGUGUGCGCCGGGUCCCUGAGUGGUGCACUCAAGAUAUGGGACCUGGAGGCCACCAAAAUUGUCCGGACACUGACCGGACACAAAGCGAACAUCAGGUGCAUAGACUUCCACCCGUAUGGGGACUUCAUUGGCACAGGUUCCCUUGACACAAACAUUAAGCUGUGGGACAUUAGACGGAAAGGUUGUAUCUUCACAUACAAAGGGCACAACCUAACAGUCAAUAGCCUGAAGUUUUCCCCAGAUGGCCAGUGGAUAGCAUCUGCUGGAGAAGAUUGCAAUGUGAAGUUGUGGGAUCUUCGAGCUGGCAAAAUGAUGACAGAAUUUGCCCAACACACUGGGCCUGUUAGUGAUGUAGAAUUCCAUCCUCAUGAAUUCUUAUUAGCCUCUGCAUCACAUGAUAGAACUGUAAACUUUUGGGAUCUAGAGAAAUUUUCUCUAGUCUCAUCCACAGAUGCUGAUACAGGACCCAUCAGAACAAUUGCCUUUCAUCCUGAUGGUGAUUGCCUGUAUGCAGGAUCUCCUGAUAUUCUCAAGGUGUAUGGCUGGGAGCCUGCCCGUACAUUUGACACAGUUGCCAUGGGUUGGGGCAAGAUUCAAGAUAUUGCCAUUGCCCAAAAUCAGCUUAUUGGAGCAGGUUUUCAUGGUGUGCAUGUGUCUCUCUACGUGGUUGAUCUGAAGAGGGUUCAGCCCUUUGGUGGGCCCCAACAAGACGUCCCAUCAACUUUCAGACAUGGUGCAGCUAUACGCAAGAGUUUUAUCAAGGACAAAAACUCUGGAAAGGCUACAGCGGAAUCCAUGAAGACCGAAGAAGCCUCAGACACAGGUGGUGAAGAGCCGCAGGAGGAGGACCCACCUCCAGAGAUCACAAACUUAAAUGAUUACAAUUCAAUCUUCCAAACCAGGAGAGAGUUACAGAGAACACCACCUCUUCCUGAGCCCAAACCUCCCAUUAACAAUAAUAAUGAUCCAAUGGUACCUCAAGUUAUGACCAGCCCUGAUGUCAUUCGUCCUGAGCCUUUGAGAGCUAUGCCAAUACCAACUACAAAACCUUCAACUCCUGACUCAACACGAAGAGGAUCAUCACACACUGUGUCGCAUUUGCCGAGGCCUAUACCGACGCCAAGAGAAAUUAUCACUCCUAGAUAUGACAAUGGUAACCAGCCACAGACUCCUCCCUCACACUCCACCAGUUUUCCAAGUCUCUUUGAGAGACGUGGAUCCUCCCAGGAACAGUCUAGCUACGUCUCCCCCCACAGGGAUUAUUCACUAAGUGGAAAUGCAAGCCCUAACUUGAGUCAACCAUAUAGAGCUCGUGCAGUGUCUGAGAGUAGAAGAGAUUCAAGAGAACCCUCCAGUUCUUCACAUGAAGCAGAAGGAAAUAGUUUUGACAGGUAUGUUAUCAGGCACAGCCCAUCUGAACCUUACCUGGUGAGACAGUCCUCUUCACCUGGCCCUCCAGUCUCAUCACCAGCAUACCAUGAUUCAGCACCACACUUACCACAGCUUCCUCGACCAGAUCUUACGAAUCUUAACCGAACACAUGCUUCAUCGAAACCUGACCUUACCUCUCAUUCCAAGCCUAUGGACCGGCCAGCCUUAGUAAAGCCUACAUCAAGGGUUCAUGGACCUCAGAGCCCUGAUGUGUCAUAUCUAAACACUCCCAAGAAUAUCAGUCCAGAUAUAUCAUAUAUGGGAACACCCAAGGAACCUCCAGAUUAUGGUUAUAGUCAAGAUAAAAUGAAUGACAUUGAAUACAGUUCAUCAUACUCAACAGAUAAUGGAACUAUCAAUUUUGAGGACUUUUUACCAAACAAGCUGAGUGGACUAGGGUUUGGCAGCAAUGGUGUUACUGGUAUUGUAGGAAAUGAAAUGUCAGAACAAGAAGUUUUAUCCAGCAUUAUGCGUGGUCAUUCUUCCAUGAUGUCUGUCAUAUCUGCACGGACAAGGGGGCUACAAGUCACACACAAACUGUGGCAGACAAAAGAUUUAAAAACGGCUGUAGAUCAUGCACUGAACUCUGGAGACCAAGCAUUACUUGUUGAUCUUCUUGGAAUUAUUAACCUAAGACCGUCAAUAUGGAACUUGGAUCUUUUAACAGCUUUAUUACCACCUGUAAGUCUUCUGCUACAGAGUAAAUAUGAAAUGUAUGUAACCUGUGGUUAUAACGCACUGAAGCUCAUGAUAAAAAACUUCGCUGUUAUGAUCAAGUCCAAUAUGUCUGGUCCAAUACAUUCAGUAGGAGUCGAUAUAUCAAGAGAGGAAAGGUACAAUAAGUGUAUAGAAUGCUACAACCACAUGAUGUCAAUCCGAGCCUUCCUUCUUAAACGACAAACUGUUCCAGGGAAGUUAGGACCUAUGUAUCGAGAGCUAGUAAUUUUAAUGCAAGCAUUUGAAUAACUUUUUUUCCUUUUUUCUAUGGGGGGGAAGACUAGUCUUGCAUAUAAACUGAAUGAGAGAGAGAGAAUAAAAGGUCUCGUCAUUCUUGCAUUAGUGUUGCUUCUGGAAAAUCAUCAUGCCCAGGAAACCAUGAUUAUAAGGAUAAGGUAAAUAUGUUGAUUAUCCUUCACCAUACUAGAAAAAAUAGGUGCUUGGUAAUGGAAACAUACUCAAAUUCUGCUUGAGAACAAGAAUUUUUUGUGAACAUGAUGGAAACAUUUAUCCCAAUGUUUUUUGUGUAAAACUGCACUUUAGGAAUGAAUGUAGGUGCUUCAUAACUUUUUUUUUUUUUUUUUUUUUUUUUUUUUUUUUUUUUUUUUUAUAUGUAAUAUAAACAUUAAGAGACAGAAAAAAUAAAUGAAGUUAAGAAAUGGGAUUCUCUUGACUGAGAGCAUCUUGAAGCCAAUCACAAAACUCUAUUCUCAAGUGUUUGUCAGUGUUGUCUCUGGCCAUUAUACAAUGACGAGGUGUAGUAAGUUUCGUACAGAUGUAUGAGUAGAUCAUUAAUUGUGCCUUCUCAUUUCCUACUCAAGUCUGUAUGUGAUAGAGCAGAGGUAGUCAGUUAUAUGCAAUAUUAUGGUAUCAGACAUGUUCCCUUCCUUUUGUGGCCAUGUCAUUUUCAAGGGUACGAUUAUGCAAGCUGUAUGAUUAUUGGUCAUUAAUGAGAAUGGUAUAUUAUCAUUCUUUACUACAUUCAUAUACAAGUAACCAGUGAGUUUAAGGAUUUCUCAUUAGCCAGACUUCUUUGUUAUUGAUGUAUUCAUAUAAUAAGUAUGAUAGAGUCAACAUUGUUAGCAAUGUUAUGACCUUGUCUUACAGCUUGUACACUACAUGGCCAUUACUUUGUCUCAUUUAGGGUGAAUUAUCAUUGAAAUAGUUGUUGCAGAGGGAAAGUACUAGUAAGUACAUUGUAUAAUUUGUUAAUCAUGGCCUGCAUGAUGUUACAGUCAGGAAUCACAACCAUCCUUGUAACUCUAGAGGCUCUUUUGAUUUUUCUGGAUUGACUUUAUUUUUUCCCUUUUGUAACAGAGCCAUGUUGCCCGCCUUGCCUUCUAGUCUUGGGCAUAAAUUCUUGACCCACCCUAUGAGCAUAAAUGUUUUUUCCUUCAGAAAUAAUAAAAGAGAAAGUGUUUCUCAAAAAUUUAGGUUUGAGCUUGUUGAAACUCUGCUCAAAGGUGAAUGAGAAUUUGUGUCUUGGUGCGCUCUAACCCUAUGAUCCCAUGGUAGGGUCAGUGCCAAAUAGCAUUACAUAAGAUCACUUUCUUUUGUAAACAUAGCAAAUCAUAUUUCUUGAAAGCUGGAUAAUAAGGCAAUGAUGACUGAUAUCAUUACUGGAUUCAUUUUAGAACAUUUGCUUGAAAAGGUAUUUUUCCAGGUUUGUGAUAUUAUUUUACUAUUUCUGAAAUCCUGAAAAUGUCACAGCUUUUCUAGUGAUGGAAAGCAAUGUUUAAGGAAGGAACUGUGCUCUACUGAAUCGCAACAGAUGCCAUUAUGGGUGCACCAGCACAUGGGUUAAAUAAAGGUAUAUUUAAUGCUUGCUUUCAGCUAUUUAUUUUUGCAGUCAGUAGUCCUGUGCCUUUUUCUUUUCCAUAAGUGAAAUGGAUGACAUUCUGUUCAGUUUUGAUAAUUUAAUAUAACUUUAAAUGGCUGCAUGUAACUGGAUAGCCUGCUAUAGAUAUAUAUACAAUAUACAUUUACAGAGUUAUGUUUUAUAAGCAUUAAUAAAGGAAUAAACUUUGUAUAUAUAAAUUCAGUUAACAUAGCACUGUUUAAUUUUUGUUUUAAAAAAUUGCAGAUAUCUCAGUGUGAUGGUUAAGUAACCAGGUUUUAAAAAUGCUUUUGAAAUGCUGGAUGACAUUCAUUAAGUAUAAUUCCAUCCAUGUAAUAAAGGUACUCAUCUUCACCAUAACAUCAUCAAAAUCCCAUGUUGGCACGUGUUUAAAUGACUGCUGAUUAGGCCAAGUUGUUACACAAGUUAACAUCAACUUACACCCAUUCCAAAGUAACAAAAUGACUUAACCAAAUAAGUUAGCGUAAGUUUUUUUUUUUUUUUAUUAUUAUUAUUAUUAUUAUUUAACCUUAAGUAAUGGCUGUGUUGAAGGGUUAAACAAUAUUUGUUUAUUAAUUUUACACAUUAUCAUUCAGUUCUGAUGGAAUAUUGAUUAUGCUUUCUGUUAUUUUUAUGGAUAUAUGUGGUUGCAAAUGCCUAAUCGUUGGUGCUCACAGUAAUUAUGGCUAAAAUAGAUCUCAAAAGUGUUUUGUUUGCUUCAAAGAAUUUUUUUCUUUACAGUGCUUUCACUCGUAUGAUAGUUUAGCAUGCUUUAUGAAAAGGAUCUGUUGAUAGUGUGUCUGUAAGUGAACAGUAUCAUUCAUAUUCCUGUAUAUCCAUUUUCACAAUAUCAGUCUUUUUUGAUGGAAGUGACAAUAACACUUAUUGGUUUUAUCAUUAUAUUAACAUCUUGAUCUGUCAUAAGGAAGUGACAAGAUAUGGAAAGUAUUUAUACUGUAAAUAAUAUGGUGUACAUAAUUUGAUAAUAAAAAUAUUGUUAAUUUC